UGUACAUCUCUUCCGUGGCUGUGCAUGCGACGUUUUUCGCCAUUAAUACGUUGUAGUUUGAGAAGUCUAUACGUGCAUACGAGCGUACGUUAAUAAGUUCAAAAAAGUAAAAAUGACACUAGAAACAUCGACAUGGCUAAAUCUAUGCUUUGUGGAGAAGAUUCUGCGAAAGUCGGAAAAUGACGAUUCGAUUCAGGUAAUCGAUAUAGUUUCGAAACCAGCUACAAGCAAAGGUGACAACUACACUAGCGACAUGAUUAGGAUUAUUAUCGAAUAUUCACGCGCCUCUGACAUUAAAGAGAAAAAAUCCAUUAUUAUCAAACUCUCUCCUGUAGACGGUGUUCGACAGAAAAUCGUCACACAAAUAGGUCUCUUUCACACAGAGAUGUCGAUGAUGUCCGAUACUUUGGAUAAAAUGAAUAAUUUGUUGGGGUCGAAAUAUCGCUUGAGCGCGAAAAUUCUCUAUGCGCAAAAUGAAAAUCCAACGCUUCUAGUAAUCGAAGAUCUCGUAUCUCUCGGUUUUCGAAUGGUUAAUCGUUCAUCUGGUCUCGAUUUAGAUCAUUCUCUAUUGGCAUUUCAGAGACUUGCCAGGUUUCAUGCAGCCUCCGUUGUCUUAUGCGAAAAGAACCCGAAGCAAAAAGAGAUGUAUUCAAAAGGAAUAUUUUGUAAUCACUCGCUAGAAAUGAAAUCUCUCUUCAUUAUGGGUACCAAAGCUUUAGCAGAUGAGAUUGCAAACUGGCCAGAAGCGAAUAAAUACUCGAAAAAAGUUUCUAAACUUUCCGAUCACAUAUAUCAAAUAGGAAUAGAUGCACAUAUGCUCUGUGAAGACGAAUUUAAUGUUAUUAACCAUGGUGAUUGUCACAUGAAUAAUAUGUUAUUCAAAUAUGACAAUAAUGGCAAACCUACUGAUCAGAUUUUUGUAGACUUUCAAAUGUGUAUCUAUGCAUCAGCGGCACUCGAUCUUAUUUAUUUACUCAAUUCAAGUAUUUUCUUCGAUAUUACUGAACAUAAGACAGAUAUUUUAUUAAACGAAUAUCUUCAUACCUUAUCAACGACUAUGAAACAAUUGAAUUGCAAGACGCAGCCGCCCACUAUGAAAGAACUGAAGGCUUCCAUAAAACGAAGAGUUAGCUAUGGAAUGGUGGUUUCUUUCAUCAUUUUACCGCUUUUGGUACCGUGCUGUAAGUCUGAGGCAAAAGAUUUUGAUGAUAUCAUGAGCACGGGUACUUUUAUAAAUCCAGGUUUAAAGAGUGAGAGUUUGAAAGAAAUAUUGAUAAAAAAACUUCCACUGUAUGACGAGUGGGGUUUGCUGGAUCUUUAAUGUAUACUUUAGUGAUAGAACAUUAAAAUAGAAAAAAAAUACAGAAGUCUAAGAAAGGAUAUUAGAUGUAAAUAUAAAAAUACAUUAAAAUUAAUAACAGUAGACGAAGAAUAUUAACGUUUUGAAAAAGGAUUUUUUUUUUAACUGAUAAAUGUGAAAUU